AGCUAAAAGGCUUACAAAUAUGUAACUACGAGUCGAAGGUCGCCGCUCGGAAAGUACCGCGAGGGAAGAGUUGCCGAGGCGCGGCAGAGUGUCGGUGAAGUUCGCCAUGGCCACUGCAGUUAGCACUGGCCGUGCAUGGCGGUCUGUCUCCGGUUUAGGGGCCGUCACAAGGGCUUGUCACGCGACAGCGCUCAGAACACAGUAUGACGCGCUGGUCAUCGGAGGAGGUCACAAUGGACUGGUCGCGGCAGCGUACCUUCAGAAAGGUGGCGUGAACACGGCUGUGCUGGAGCGUAGACAUGUGCUGGGCGGAGCCGCUGUUUCCGAGGAGAUCAUUCCAGGCUUCCAUUUUUCCCGGGCAUCCUACGUGCUCAGCCUGCUCAGACCCCACAUCUACAGGGACCUGGAGCUGAGAAAACAUGGGCUUAAAGUGUACAUGCGGGACCCUCACGCUUUUACCCCCAUGCUGGAGGAGGGGGUGGGGGGCCGCCCCCCCAGGUCUCUGCUGCUGUGGUCAGACAUGGAUCAGAACCUGCGUGAGAUCGGGAAGUUUUCGGAGAGAGACGCCCAGGCCUAUCCCGCCUUUAACACUCACCUGGAGAAGCUGGCAGGCGCCAUACACCCCCUGCUGGACGCGCCCCCGGUGGACAUUCCUGGGGUCACCCAGGGGCCCCUGAGGAGACGGCUAGCUGCCCUUAGGACCCUGAGCCCCCUGAUAAAGUCCGGGUUUAAACUGGGAAAGAACAUUCCUGACUUCUAUGAGCUCAUAACUGCACCAAUACUAAAGAUUCUGAACCGCUGGUUUGAGUCGGAGCCCCUAAGAGCCACGCUGGCUACGGACGCUGUGAUUGGAGCCAUGACCAGCCCCUAUAACCCUGGUAGCGGGUACGUUCUCCUGCACCAUGUCAUGGGCGAGCUGGAGAAGAAGAAAGGGGCGUGGGGCUACGUGGAGGGCGGAAUGGGAGGCGUUUCCAAGUCCAUCGCCAAUUCGGCUCGCGCCCACGGAGCUGCCAUCUUCACUGAGCAGGAGGUGGAGCAGGUUUUGGUCGGUCAAGAUGGCCGCGCCGAGGGUGUCGUGCUGAAAGACGGGUCCGAAGUGCGCAGUAAAGUCGUUCUGUCUAAUGCCACUCCGUACGUCACCUUCAAAAAGCUCACUCCACAGGGGUCCCUGCCUCCAGAGUUCAUGAAAGCCAUAUCUCAGAUUGACUACACCUCUCCCGUCACCAAGAUCAACGUUGCUCUGGACCGGCUGCCUAAUUUCCUGGCUGCCCCCAACGCUCGGGACGGGACCCCCGGCCCGCACCACCAGUGCUCCAUUCACCUGAACUGCGAGAGCGUGGACGUGCUGGAGGCGGCCUAUCGGGAGGCCAAGCAGGGCCGCCCGUCUACACGGCCCAUGUUGGAGAUGUGCAUCCCCUCUGUGCUGGAUCCCACUCUGGCGCCCCCUGGCUGCCAUGUUGUGUCUGUCUUCACGCAGUUCACUCCUUAUUGGCUGGAGGGGGAGCGGGCUUGGACAGAGGCGGACAGAGAACAGUUUGCGAACACCGUGUUUGACUGGAUCGAAAGAUAUGCUCCUGGGUUCAAAAGCUCCAUAGUGGGCAAAGAGGUGCUGGCUCCCCCUGACCUGGAGCGGAUUUUUGGCCUGACCGGCGGGAAUAUUUUUCAUGGCGCAAUGUCAUUGGACCAGCUCUAUCUGGCACGACCUUUGCCCUCCCUCUCAGACUACCGCACACCAAUCAGAGGCCUUUAUCUGUGUGGCAGUGGAAGUCAUCCAGGCGGGGGUGUGAUGGGGUCUUCUGGAUGGAAUGCUGCUAUGACCGUCCUCACAGACCUGCGCAGGGGCUGAGUGAGAUGAGCAAGGCCCGGGGGGGGGGCCGGGGGGUGGUGUGGUUCUGCAGCCCCACUCACCAGAUACCCCAGAGCUGCCCUGCUUCACUACACCCUCCUCCCUCCCCCCCAACUUAUUCUGCACUUAUAGAGGCAGCUAAACUCAUGGGGCAUGCACAUGCACACAUGCACCUACACACACACAUGCACACGUACACAUGCACCUGCAUACACACAUGCACACGUAUACAUGCACCAGCACACACACAUGCAUGUACACAUAAACCUGCACACACACAUGCAUGUACACAUACACCUGCACACACACAUGCAUGUACACAUACACCUGCACACACACCUGUACACACAUACGCACACACUGACACCGAUUCAGAUGACCAUCCUCUCUGAACUAGAUUGUGGGGAUGUGUUCUACAGAUCUCCAUAGGCUGGAAUUGGCUAACCCUACCUACAAAAUCCUACUGACCCCCAAAGUCAGUGCUACUCUGGGGCACCCCCUAGUGAUCCCCAAAGUCAACCCAACUCUGGGGCUCUCCCUGCUGACCCCCAAAGUAAGCCCAACUCUGGGGCUCUCCCUGCUCACCCCCAAAGUAAGCCCAACUCUGGGGCUCUCCCUGCUGACCCCCAAAGUAAGCCCAACUCUGGGGCGCCCCCUACUGACCCCUAAAGUCAGCACUACUUUGGGGCGCUCCCUAGUGACCCCCAAAUUCAGUGGUACUCUGGGGCACUCCUCGUUUCAGCUUGCUGCAGACUUGGACUGGCCAAUUUUGUCUCUGUUCCCAUUCUUAAGUCUUUGAUUAACAUCUUAGCACAUGCUUCUGCUUCAAAAAUGAUCCGUGACUAUUGUGUCUUGAUUUUUAUUUAAUGUCAGUGCUGUAUUUUAAAUUCCUGUUUCUUUAUAUUAUAGUGAUAGGCCUCUUGGCCUGGCUGUUCUUGUAAGUCCAAACAUGUUCUCAAUUAACUUGCCUGGCUGAAGAUUGCUUUAAUGAACACACAUACGCACAUGCACACACAAACAUGGGUGCACACGUACAUAAACACAGACAUGCACAUAUGCGUUUUAACAUCUGUUGUGAAUCCAAAAGUAAUUUGCGGAGUGAAACGACGAAGUCAGGAAAAACAAGCAUUUUGGUUGCAAUUCCGUCUGAUUGUUCCAAACAUCACGUGUCCUGCUGAUCAUCAAAGUCUGGAAAUUUUUGAAUAGAGUAAACCUAUGAGGGAGCAUAGGAUCUAAAGCUGGUGGGUGGUUGGGGCUAAGAAAAGCCCUGUGACAUAGUAUAAUGCAGAUAGACUCCUGAGCCGUAUCUACAAAGCUGGAGAAUCUGCAUGCAAACAGAAGUGUGUAUGUUCAUUCCAAGAUAAAAUUCCCUUUUUAAAUUAACGUGUUUGCAGAGACUAAAGUGUUUUCAGUCAAAAUAGUGGAAAUCCGAAAUUGGGAGCAGACGUGCCAAAUAAAAUUAGAUGCUCGCAUUCGGUUAAAACUACAUUUUUUACUCUGUCGCACUGUGAGCUUACAUGCUACUUUCUUCAAACACCGACACCUUCAGUUUAAUGUAUUUCAAAUGUGUCAUUGUGUGCAUGCUUUUAAUACCAGUUUCACUUAGUUUCUGUGAGGGCGGCACGGUGGUGCAGUGGGUAGCACUGUCGACUAAGAAGGUCCAUUGGUAUGAGUGAGAGCAAAUGGUGCAUUGGCAACCUGUCCAGCGUGUAUUCCUGCCUCUCACCCAAUGCAUGCUGGGAUAGGCUCCAACACCCUCCGCGACCCUGACCAGGAUCUAGUGGGAAUAGACGAUGGAUGGAUGGAUGGAUGGAUGGACUUAGUUUCUGUGAAGUACCCACAUUUUGUUCUCACAGCACAAUCACUCUAGGAAACCCAAUAUUUUGGUUACUGUAUCUGACCCCUUAGGCUUGAUUAAACCUUAAAACUGGACUUUACUUCAACAUUGCUACAAACUAUUUGUGAAUGCGACAUUUAGGCCUAAUUAGCAUUGAGUAUGAUUCAUUACUAACUGUUGUACUUAAGGUUUAGACGCACUGUCAUGUGCACCUCCUUUGAUCUCUACAGUAGAUGGCUUCAUAACAGUAUUUGCUAAAUGAAAAACAAUAAUAAUAUGAAUCUACAUCUAAUGUGUGUGAUCUUAGUGGGAAAGCGACAAAUAAAUGUAUUUUUCAGAA